UGAAAUGUGAAGAAGCUAUAUUUCUAACGUGAACUUGAAUGUUAGCAACUGCUUACCUAAUUUUUAUGAAAAUUAAAUAUGACUUAGAAGCCUUAAUUUAUGAAGGUUUAUGAUGUCAUCAACUGGCGCGGAAAACAAACUCCAGCAGGCUGUGAGCCUGCAGGGAGUUGACCCAGAAACAUGCAUGAUUGUAUUUAAAAACCACUGGGCUCAGGUUGUGAAAAUCUUAGAGAAGCAUGAUCCUUUGAAGAACACACAGGCAAAAUACGGAUCUAUCCCUCCAGACGAGGCCAGUGCUGUGCAGAAUUAUGUAGAACACAUGCUCUUCUUGCUUAUUGAAGAGCAAGCCAAGGAUGCUGCAAUGGGACCAAUUUUGGAAUUUGUAGUCUGUGAGAACAUCAUGGAAAAACUCUUCCUUUGGAGCUUGAGACGAGAAUUUACUGAUGAAACGAAAAUUGAACAGCUAAAGAUGUAUGAGAUGUUGGUCACCCAGUCCCACCAGCCUCUUCUUCACCAUAAACCCAUUCUGAAGCCCCUGAUGAUGUUGCUGAGCUCCUGCUCAGGAACCACCACCCCUGCUGUGGAAGGGAAGCUGGUUGUCCUGCUCAAUCAACUCUGUUCCAUCCUUGCCAAAGAUCCAUCCAUUCUGGAACUCUUCUUCCACACCAGUGAGGACCAAGGGGCUGCCAACUUCCUCAUCUUCUCCCUUCUGAUUCCCUUCAUUCAUCGGGAAGGGGCAGUAGGCCAGCAGGCACGGGACGCUCUGCUUUUCAUCAUGUCUCUCUCUGCCGAGAACAGCAUGGUUGCCCAUCACAUUGUGGAGAACACCUACUUCUGCCCAGUCCUUGCAACUGGGCUCAGUGGUCUCUACUCUUCCUUGCCUACAAAGCUAGAAGAAAAAGGCGACGAAUGGCACUGUCUUCUUAAAGAUGACUGGCUCCUUCUCCCCUCUCUUGUCCAGUUCAUGAACUCCCUGGAGUUUUGUAAUGCGGUUAUACAGGUUGCUCACCCCUUGAUACGCAAUCAGCUUGUCAAUUACAUUUACAAUGGAUUCUUGGUUCCGGUCCUGGCUCCCGCUCUCCAUAAGGUGACUGUGGAGGAGGUCAUGACCACGACUGCAUACCUGGACCUUUUCCUACGCAGUGUCUCCGAGCCAGCACUGCUUGAGAUCUUCCUCCGUUUUAUUUUAUUGCACCAGCAUGAGAAUGUCCACAUAUUGGACACACUUACAAGCCGAAUCAACACGCCAUUUCGGCUUUGCGUGGUGUCCCUGGCAUUGUUCAGAACUCUCAUCGGUUUACAUUGUGAAGAUGUGAUGUUACAGCUCAUUCUAAGGUAUCUGAUCCCCUGCAACCACAUGAUGCUGAGCCAAAGGUGGGCUGUGAAGGAGAGAGACUGUUACUCUGUCUCUGCUGCCAAGCUGCUCGCCCUGACCCCAGUCUGCUGCUCCAGCGGGAUCACGCUGACGCUGGGGAACCAAGAGAGGGAUUAUAUUCUCUGGUCAAAGUGCACCCAUGAUAGCUCAGGGUCCGUGGAUCAGCCGCUCUCUGAGGCCUUCUCUCCAUCAGCCUGCAUUGUGGAGUACGGGAAGGCCCUGGACAUCAGCUACCUGCAGUACCUCUGGGAGGCUCACACCAACAUCCUCCACUGCAUGAGGGACUGCCGUGUCUGGUCCGCCCUCUACGACGGAGAGUCUCCCAACCCAGAGACUUUUCUCCAGAACCUCUCGGAGGAAGGGAGUAGGAACUUAGCGUUUCCCGGGCUGACGCUCCAGCGCCCAUUCACCAUUAAGACAGGGUCUCAGCUGGCUCCGAGAAAGGAGAAGAACCAGACAGAGCUGGAGUGGGAUGACAGCUUUGACACUGGAAUCUCCUCAGAAGCUGACGGGAACUCCCCUGGGAAUUAUGAGACGAUGGAGAGUUCAGGCCCCCCAGCGCCCAUUGAUCCUCCCAAACACAUCCAAGAGAUGAAGAAGAAUGCCAUCCUGCUCUUCAAAGGGUCCUAUAUUGAGGAAUCAGACUUCCAGGAUGAUGUGAUGGUGUACCGGCUGUGUGCUGAGAAGGAUUGUGAGGAUGGCAGGAAUUCACAGGAGGCCAAAGCUCACGGGGUCCCUGAGGCUCAGACUAAGGCUCACAGGGUCCCUGUGAACAAUGGCCCGCUUCCCAGUCCCCAGCCAGAACCAGGCUCAGGAGAGGAAUGUACUAGGGACGAUGUAGAAUUGUUUGAAACUGUGUCCAAGGAGCCAGCACAAGAGAAUGAACCUGAAGUAGUAAUCCCAGAAUCAAGCCCGGAGUCAAUACCCCAAGACUCUGAAGGAGAGCACACCUCAAGUGGGACUGAGAUGAACCCAGAGAGCGAGGAUUUCAUCGCUCAGUAUAAUCAGAUUAUCAAAGAGCUGGAUUCCGGUACAGAGGGCUUGACAGAACAGAAUUGCCCCACCCCUGAUCCUUUGCUUGUCACAAAGGACGGAGAAGGGAAGGAAGAAGAGAGCCAAGAAGAAGAGACGGAGGAAGAUGAGGGGAGGAAGGAACUCGAGGAGGGCGAGGAGGAAUUUGACUCUUUCAUGGCACAGGCUCCUGCUGCAGAGACCGAGCCGUCCCCGUUUGGAAUGAGAGACGAGGCCGCCUUUGCCAGUCAGCGCCAAGUGAGGUCCCCCAGCACCCCGUUCACAGGCCCCUUCAUCAGCGUGGUCCUAUCAAAGCUGGAGAACAUGCUGGAGAACUCUUUGCAUGUUAAUUUGCUGCUUAUUGGGAUCAUCACUCAGCUGGCCAGCUACCCCCAGCCGCUCCUGCGCUCAUUCCUGCUCAACACCAACAUGGUCUUCCAGCCCAGUGUGCGCUCUCUCUAUCAGGUCCUUGCAUCUGUGAAAAACAAAAUUGAACAGUUUGCUUCUGUGGAGAGAGAUUUCCCAGGACUCCUCAUUCAAGCCCAGCAAUACUUGCUCUUCCGAGUGGACAUGUGUGACAUGGCUCCUGAGUCAUUAACCAAAGAUCCCAUUCCAGAUGCUGCCUGGACAGGAAUGGGCGGGAGCCUUUUGGAUGGUCCCCCAAGAGUGCUUCAACCCUUCCUGACCAACAGAGUCAAGGUGUCCGGAGCACCCCCAAACCUGCCCCUGCCGGUGAGGAACACCAUGCUGGCCGCUGCCCUGUUCCCGGAGUUCCUGAAGGAGCUGGCUGCCUUGGCCCAGGAACACUCUAUUCUGUGUUACAAGAUCCUGGGUGACUUUGAGGACUCCUGUUGUUAG